AUGCCUGCCAUGCUGUUGUUGGAUGAAGGUUUAAAACACAUCUCCCUCUCUUUGUCAGAAAAACAACUCAGCCUCAAGGUGCACAACCUGAGCAUAACUCAGAGGACCGAACUCCCCGUGGGCAGCCUGGGGCUAGGCCUGAUCGUCAUCCAGCAUGGGCCCUACCUCCAGAUCACCCACCUCCUCAAGAAGGGGGCUGCCGCCAGCGAUGGGACGCUUCAGCCAGGUGAUGUUCUGAUUAAUGUUGGCCAUGCCAAUGUGUUGGGAUAUACGCUUCGGGAAUUUUUAAAGCUUUUGCAAUGCAUCACCACAGGAACAGUGCUGCAAAUUGAGGUUUACCGAGAUUUUAUUGACAUACCCCAAGAAUGGCAAGACAUAUAUGAUUUAAUCCCUGAGACCAAAUUCCCAGUAACAUGCACAAUGAAGAAAACUGAGCAGGCAAAAGAUGACUUUCUCGCAAGCAGUGAUGACAAGGAAGAUGUAGUUUUAGAUAAAAAACUUAAGUAUUAUAAACGCCCCCAGUCCACUGAGCAUCAGCCUGCAAGGAGACCUGUGUCCAUCUCCAGAGAAUGGCAUGAAUACAAAAAGAAGGAUCGGCCUGUCAGCGUGGGAACAGACCUUCAGUGUGACAUUGUGGUUCACGGAGAUGAGAAGGAAGUGAGAGCCCCUUCCCCGUACUGGAUGCUGGCGAAGCAGGACAGGGACAGCUCCUCCUCCUCCUCCGCCUCCUCCGCCUUCUGGCUGGAAGACUAUGCCCAGGCCGAGAAGGAUAAGGGCCAGCCCGCACCGGGCGUCGGUUAGAAGUUGGCCAGUGUGUGCUCAUGGAGCAUUCGCACAGCUUGCUGGGCUCACAGGAAUGUGUGCACACCCACCAAUUCUUUGACUUCCCGAGUGCCACAACAGGCCUCACGCAGCUUAUUCUCAAAGCAGCUCACUCAGAUCACUGCGGUGCUCCUUUCCGAGAAUGUCAAUGCCAGACAGGGUAAACACAGUAGAGAAUUUCGCUUUUUCAGGAAAGUACCACAUUAUUGUUUAGAUGUGCAGUUUCUCGUUUUACAAACUUCAAGUGCCCUACUUAAUAGGAAAAGUACUUUUUUUGGCUAGUUGUUCAUAUUAGAAUUUUUUCCUUUUCUGCCCCACUUUUAUUUGAACGUUGGGCUGGUAGUUAGUGAGGGAAAGCUCAGCUCUGCGUAGUGAAGGGAAGGCAGACAUAAAAUGAAGCAGUGGGAACACAGGGCACAACUGGUGGGGAAUUUAUGUUUUUCAGAAAUAACUCUUAUUGUGCCCUGGCCCAUGUGGAUCAGUUGGUUGGGUGUUGUCCCAAGCACUGAAAGGUUGUCGAUUCCUGGUCAGGACACGUGCCUGGG